AUGUCUAAUGGAUAGCAAGUGAUUAAAUAUAUGUUGAUUGGAUCAAAUAUGGUUGGCAAGACGGCAUUUCUGUCAAGAUUUAGUGAUAAUAAUUUCAAUGACAAAUACGAAGAAAGUAAAGGUGUUGAUUUCAAAUCUAAAUUGUAUGAUAGUGGUAAAUAUAAACUUUGCAUAUUCGACACACCUGGAGAUGUGAAUUUGAGAUUCGCUUCUUAUGGAUUUUAUAAGUUUGCUUUUGGUUUUAUUUUGAUUUUCGAUCUCACGAGACCUCAAACUCUUUAGAAUUUGAGAGCUGAUUUCAGUUAGAUUGCAUCUCAGUCUUCUUAAUAUGCGUAAUUGAUAUUGGUUGGGAACAAAUCCGAUUUGUCAGACCUAAAUGAUUACAGAGAAACCUAGGCUGAUGCUUAGAGAAUGGCAGAUGAAUUGCAUAUUUCGUAUUUUGAGAUUUCUUGUUUGACAGGAUAAAACUUUGAUUUAGUCAUUGAAGAUUUGACAUAGAGAGUCUUAAUUCAAAUAGGACAAGGAAAUUUAGGCAAAAGACCUGGGAAUUAAACAGAUAAUAUUUAGAAAGAUGAAAAUAUUAAACACGAAGGUGGAUGUUGUUGUAAAAUAUUUUGAAUUCAUAUAGAACAUUUUAUUUUAUUUAUUAUUUA